ACUGAAGACAAGAUAAGAUUACAAAAUAGAACAGAUCUUGGAAGGAUGUAGGAUAACAAUGUAUUUUUUAUCGGUGUACAAGGUUAAUGAUUAGUAAAUUUAAUUGAUCAGUGACCAGUGGUGAGUGAGGAGCGACAUGCGUACGUCGGGGACUCUGUGGCUGGCAUUGCUGCUGACAGGCAUAAAUGGAUCUGAUAUAGAACCCCAACUUUUCGAGAAAGGAGAUUUUGUAGAAAUAACUGUGAUUACAACUCCAAAUACGGCGUCAACAUGCUACCUUGUAACUCCAUCGAAUACCAACAUCGAUUUACUGGCAAGUGAUCCACUUUCUGAUAAAUAUCAGUACCUUACUAAUAGUCUUUCUACGUGUAGAGUAAGAAUCAAUGAUUUGGAUGAAAACGACGAAGGUUUGUGGUCUCUGCAUGCUGGUAUACCGUCUGAAGAUGGCGAGGUGAAAGAAUUAAAGGAUCAAGUUCACGUAACAAUAAGAGGAAGUGAUGCUGUUAACUCGGAAGAAACAGUUAUUUCUGAAGAAUAUUCUAUACAAUCAGCAGAAGAGACUGCCACUUUAGAAGAGACUUCUGAAGAUCAUAAUGAUGCUUCACCGGAAAAUUCGGAAGCAACGUCACAAGAAUCUUCAGAGGCUUCAAGUUCUGAAAAAGAAAAGGUUGUUGAAACACAAUGGCUGAGCGACCUACAAUUUAGAACGAGAACUGGGUUAGAUGUUGACAUAAACUUGCCAAGGAUCACAAAUUCUGAAAAAUGUACAUUGACAAAACCAGACGGUACGACCGUAGAUAUUGGAGACGAAAUUGCUGGAGUUAUAGCACACAGCAAUACCCACUACGUCUCGUGCAGGGUAGUGGUUGGGCCUAUGGAUUCUUCGCUGCUCGGAAAAUGGACUCUAUGUGGAUCCUACGAGGAAAACAACGUAGAGCACAGACGUUGCCAGAAUGCUGAAAUCAUUUGGAGAAGUACUGCAAACCCUGCCUCCAUAUGGGAUACGACAAUCAAUGCUAGAUUUAAUCACGUAGUCAACUUUGGCGGUACCCUGAUUCCUGCUGUGCGCGGGUCCGGCUCGGUAGUCUCCUGCCAUUUAGUGACUCCUAAUGACGAGGACUUGUUCGUUACCCGGGACAGGCAGUAUCCCGACGUCACGUUGGAUCAGGACACGGUUUCUGCCUGCGGUAUCGCUAUUGGGCCGAUAGCGGAAGCGCAUUUGGCAAAUUGGACCGUCUACGGGACCUUUGAAUCCGCAUUGUGGGGAUACAAUGAAGUUCGUCAGCCCAUUAAUAUGGAGUUAUACGAUGAAAAUAAUCCAUACGAUCAAGCAUACAACGUAACAACAUUAAACCCCACUCAGCAUGUAGUCAACUUGGGCAGCACUAUCUUCUUGGAGGUGGCAGGCACUGGUGACGUCGACGUCUGCCAGUUCACCAUGCCAUCCGGAGAGUCGUACUUGUCUUCAGGAUCUAUACCGACCGGGGCAUACUUCGUUUCUCUCAACUCGGUAGCUUGCAGGCUAUCCAUUGGACCCAUAACUGCCAAUAUGAUCGGAGACUGGCAACUUAUCGGAAAGUUCAGUAAUCGCGGUGUGCAUACAGAGUACAGACUUUCGUUUACUAUCAUACAAGAAGAUCCAAGCAACCCCAUAGAAGAGGAUAGAACAGUAGAAAAUCUGAACGAACAAUUUAUUGAUACGAGCAUUGGUGCAAGCCACCGAGUUACAAUAGCUUCAGAGUUCUUGACCACCUUACAAAGUUGCCACAUUAGAACUCCGGAAGGACUCCAGUAUACUAUCAUGGAAGGCUUUCAUAUCCCGGGAGUUGAAGUGGUGACCUCGUCAUCUAGCAUCAAUUGUGGCGUUACAAUUGAAGUGUCUGAGGAUCUGAUCGGAACUUGGACUCUCAUUUCCCGGGAAAUUAGAAGCUCCGUGGCUAUUGAAAAGCGUCUCCCAUUCAUUAUUUACGUCGAAGAGCCUGUGGAUGCCGUAAUCAAUGAAAUAACCAUCACAGAAGGCAAUUCCAUCCACGUCCGUUUGGCCAACCCCACUGAGCUUUACGAAACUUGCAGGUUAAAGGACCCUAAUGAUGAAGAGCCUGCACUGUUCAGUCUCGAUGACGACCAUAAAGAGACUUGUGGGUUCGUGGUGCCCUCGGUUGAUGCAAACCAUACUGGUACCUGGAAUAUCGUUUAUGGCAAAACGAUUAUCUAUAAAGCCCCUGUGAUGGUGUAUGUUAAUGGUAAAUAUCUUGAAUACGUGCCGCUUAUAGUUGAGCAGAUGAAAGAAGAGCUAAAUUUGCGGCGGCCCACCAACUUAGAAAACCCGGACACGUCACAUCUGACCUUGGUGGAACACGCCUCCGUGAACAAAACAAUCGGACCUCCAGAAGCGGUGUACUGCAAAGUGCUAAGCCCCGAUGGUGACGUGGUGUUCGACGGUUUCGGAAGAUGCCAGCUAGCCUUGAACCGCGUGUUGAAGGACCAGCAUGAAGGUGCUUGGACCAUGGUGGUUGGGUUGCCUGGACGGAUUGUGACGGAAAGACACUCGUUGCUUGUAACCGUGACGGCAGCAGAUGCAAAGCCGGAAGUCUCGUCUUACGUUUCGACCAACAAACCAACAGUGGAGCUGACUUGUUCAGUAACAAGCUUGCAGCAGAUAACCGGCUGCCUGUUCCGGAGUCCUGCAUUACAAGAAGUUCUAGUGGCUAAUCCAGGUGUUAGUGAGGGCCGUUACGUCUUCCACGUCAACCAGACCAGCACCGAGUCCGACCACUACUACAGCUGCAGUCUCCAGAUAACCGAACCGGUGACUUCAGACCUGGGCCUGUGGCGGUGUGACCUGGAGUCUGCGGAGGAGAACUAUUACGGCUUCCUCACCGUGCUCUGCCCUUGGGCCAUGCAAGAUCCUGUUGUCGCUGAGUCGGUUGUGGCAGAGCCCGUGCUGGUGGCGCAGGCUAACUCACUGUCAGUUGAGGAGCAAGAGCCCGCUAGUGUGGCGUGCUCGGCGCGGGCGCCGCUCCGCUAUUGCUACUUCAGGGCCCCCAAUGGAACCGUCUUCAAUGUCGGACCUGGCAUGUCAUCACCAACCAUGGAGUAUGUAGGCGCUGGCUUAGACGCCGGCGAGUGCGGUGUGCGCUUCCAGAGUUUGCUGCACAGCGAUGCCGGCGAAUGGUCAUGUCACGCAAGCAUCAACGGACAGGAGCAGAACCAAACCAUCUACGUCGAGGUUAAAGAAGAGAUGAGAGUAUCGAGCAAGAUCGAGUAUGACCGGGUGGUGAUCGAAGGCCAAGUCGCCUGGAACCGGGAACUAGAAUAUUGCCGCUUCGUCCGCCUUGAUGGAUUUGGUUUCUCAUCAAUCGACAAUGUACUAUCCCCCUAUUACCUGGAUGAGAGCAGUUCUUCAAGAGGCAUCUGCAGGAUACGCAUGGAGUUAACUCCUGAAAACCUGCAGCCGUGGACCGUGGUUGCCAAGCUAGAGGGUAGAGACGGAGAGAUCUCUCGCGUGGCGGUACUCAACUGGCCUGAACCUGAACCGACUCCUGCGAGAUUCUAUAACGCCCUAUUCAUGUGGCUGCCAAUACUGACGAUCUUCAUCGUCUGCCUGAUGCUGGGGGCCGCGUUCGCGCCGUCCAAGAAUCGCCGCUGGGCCGCCGAGCGCGCGUCGAGUUUGCGCGCGAGCAUGCGCGACAGCAUGCGCCGCUUCCCCAGCUUCCGCAAGAAACCGCAGAUAACUGACAAGCCAAGUGAUACCAACUCUGCUGCGUGAGGCUGAGGACUUUAGGCCAUUUUUACAAUCAAAGAGCAAUCA